CCUCUCCCUGGUAGUCAGUUUAGUUCGUUUCGUGAAAAUGAUACGUCGUUUAGAUAUCACAUAACGCUGGAAAAAGUGAUGUAGUUGAACUCAAUUUUCCUUCAAUUACUAGUGAUAAAAUAUACUAUUUGACAUGAUCAUUUUUAUCUGAUAUUAUCGAUUAUUGACAUUUAUUCUCUGUAGUAAUAUUGAUUUAACCAUUUAGACUAUUAACUAACUAUAAGCUAAGUAAGACUUUAUUAACGAGUAAUAAUUAUUAGAAACUCGUGAUUAACAUGAAUUAGAUUUAAAUAAUAUAUAUUAUAUAAUUGUUGAUUCUUUUUAGAAAUAGUUAAAUAAUAGGCACUAAAUGAUUUAUAACUUAAUCAAAAUCUUAUUGAGAAUGAUUAAGAAUUAAUAGUAAUUAUCAUAACACUUUAGAAAUUUUUCUUUCUUCAAUACUAUAAGUCAAUUUCUUGGAAAUGUUUAUCAACAUCGAGAGACUUAUAUUUCAAAAAGAACUAAAUAACUUCUCUUAUCUUAUAUCAGUCGUUAUUAAGUCGAUAGGGCUGUCAAUCUAGAAUUUUGUUUGAAUUCCGUAACAUCGAAAUUUUUGGUAUCUACGAUACAUUUAGAUCAUUAUCAAUUAUUUGAUAUAAAUUUAAUAAAUUAUGUUUAUUGAUAAAAUCAUAGAUAACAUACAUUUGUAAACAAUGGAAUUACGUAGAAUCUCAUGGACAAAUAAAUUCCUUUUUUGUAUUUUUUUUCUUAUUAUUUUCACAUGGGCUUAUUUUAAUGAUACGUUUUGUGCCUUCGGUGGAUUAUCACGUAAAAUCAUUUUGCAUCGAAUACGAUUAACUGCUAAUAUUAACAUUGGCCGAGCCAUCAAUGAAGUGAAAGUUGAAGAAAUUCCACUUGGUGAUUUUACCAAUUUCAAAGUAAAUAAAACAAAAGUUCAAGUGAUAUCCCUAUUAAGUAAUAACGUAACAUCAAAAGAUAGCGUAGAUGCAUCACCAAAGUACAAAAUUUUAAGGCAACAAGGCUUAAUACCUAGUAGACAACUACCAAGUGCUUUAAUAAUUGGUGUUAAAAAAGGAGGUACCCGAGCUCUUUUAGAAUUCAUGAGACUUCAUCCUGAUAUACGAGCUGCCGGCUCUGAGAUACAUUUUUUUGAUCAUAAUUAUUCCAAAGGAUUUCACUGGUAUAGACAUCGAAUGCCUCCAACACUAGAAGGCCAAGUAACUAUGGAAAAGACUCCUUCCUAUUUUAUAACACCAGAAGUACCAAGAAGAGUUCAGCAUAUGAAUCCAGGAACGAAAUUGAUAGUUGUGGUACGUGAUCCAGUUACCAGAGCCAUUUCGGAUUAUACACAAGUAAAGAGUAAACGGCCAGAACUACCGAGGUUUGAAGACCGUGCCUUUAUCAAUGGAUCACAAAUCGUUGAUACUAAUUGGGCUCCAUUGAGAAUCGGUGUAUACGCUAGAUAUUUAGAACGUUGGCUUGAAUAUUUUCCACUUUCCCAACUACUUUUCGUAUCCGGAGAACGCUUGAUUGCUGAUCCGGUAAUUGAGAUUACUAGAGUUCAGGAUUUCCUUGGUCUAAAACGUGUCAUUUCUGAGAAACAUUUUUAUUUCAAUACGACUAAAGGAUUUCCUUGUCUUAUGAAGUCAGAACAGAAAGCUGUUCCUCAUUGCUUAGGUAAAACAAAAGGUCGAAGCCAUCCAUAUAUUGAUCCGACUGCUAUCCAACGUCUACGAGAUUUUUAUAGACCUUUUAAUCAACGAUUCUAUCAGCUGACACGAAUGAAUUUUGGAUGGUCUUAAAGUAUAUCAGACUGAUAUAUCCAAGGAACAAAGUAAAAGCUGCUCAAUAGCAACUUGAACAUAUCUCAUAACUCAUCGAAAAAAGUCAAUUCUUACUAAGUAAGUUAGUUAAUUACGUUUAAUUAUUUAUUAUACACAUUCAUAUUUACAUUUGAUAUUCAGUGCAGCUUUUGCAAAUCAUUUUUUCUACAAUAAUCGAGUAGAUACUAGUCUUGAGUUAAGAUGAAAGCUAAAGAUAUUAAAAUGUCAUAGUUUUUGAAAUAGUCAAUAAAUAAAGAUAAUUAAGAAAAAAUGAAUAAAAAAGAAAUCUGCACUUUCUUGCUCAAACUACGGUAAUGUAGAUAAAAUAAAAGAUUUAUGUAAAUUGAUAAAUAAAAAUAUUUGUACAACAUAAGUAACAGUCUUCUUUUAC